GAUAGCCUCCUCCAGUGAGACAAGAUGCUGCCUCCCAUGGCCUCUGUUGCUUGGCUGGUGCUCUCCUGCCUGCUGCUCCAAGCCCAGGUGAAAGGUGAAGACCUGCAGAACGAAGAGCUGUCUCCACGAGCCAGGUGCCCCAAAGGCUCCAAGGCCUAUGGCAACUACUGUUAUGCCUUUUUCAAGAUAGCAAAAACCUGGAUGGAUGCCGAUUCGGAAUGCCAGAAACGUCGCAAUGGACACCUUGUGUCUGUGCUCACUGAGUCUGAAGGCUACUUCGUGGCCACCCUCAUCAAGAACAGUGGGACAACUUAUUCUACUGUCUGGAUUGGACUCCAUGACUCCACUGAGAGUCAACCCCAUGCAGGUGGAUGGGAGUGGAUUAAUGGUGAUAUGGUGAACUAUGUGGCCUGGGAGAGAGGAACCCCUACCAAUUCCGGGUACUGUGCGGCCGUUCUUAGCCACACAGGCUAUGAAAAAUGGCAAAAUUUUAGCUGUAAAACUUUGCUGCCCUACGUCUGCAAGUUUGAGGGCUAAAUCAGAUCAGAAAUCUACAGGCUGAAUCAACAUGCAGCACCCCGAGCAUGUUCUUUAGUCUUAUAAUGGAUCCUGGAAGCAAAUCUUCCCCCGAUUUCAACUCUGGACAACACAUUCUGUAUAUCUCCUCCCCAGUCUCACCACAAGCCUCUCUUGUAUGCAUCUAGCCUGGUUUGUCACUGUCACUGUUAUCCCAUUGCUCAUUGUUUUGCUCGAGCGGGCACCAGUAACGUCUCCAUUGUGAGACUUGUUGUUACUGCUUUUUAGCAUAUAGAAUACACCACAGAUAGCUUGUUAGGCUCUGCCGUGCGGGCGAGAUACUCUUGGUAGCUUGCCGGGUUCUCCGAGAGGGGUGGAGGAAUUUAACCCAGGUAGGCCAUGUGCAA